AUGUACAACAGCUGGCUAUUGCCAAUCCUCGGGCUGUCCGCGAGGGUUGCCCGUAUCAUUGCGACCGUUACACCUGAUUAUAGCGCCUGUGCGGAAGCGGUGUGUCUCCUUCAUACUCAAUCUGUUCUCGCGUAUCAGCUUAUCUUCCGAAAGUGUAAUACCCUCUCCGAUCUGCUCCCAUCAUCAGUAGCCACAGUAACAAGGCUCAAUGAGAACGUAGAGCGCGAAUAUCUGGCGGUUUUCGAACAGCAGCCCGUUUUCACCCAUACUGAUGAUCUAGCCUCCUUCUCGCCCUCCAAGCCAUUCUAUUGGGCGCAGCAGCAAUCCAGCAUCCAGUCCGCAUGCUACGUCCGCGCACACAGCGCCCAGGAUGUCGCGACGCUGGUGUCGGUCUCGCAAUCAUCCCGGUGCCCCUUGGCCAUCCGCGGCGGCGGGCACUCGGAUAUUCCCGGCGCCAGCAACAGUCCCGGAGGCAUCACGCUAGACCUUGCCGGUCUGGACGGCAUUGAAAUUGUCGAGGAGGGAAAUGUAGCGAGAUUGGGCGCCGGCCUCACGUGGGGGAAGGUGUACGCAGGGCUAGAAAAGACGAACCGCACCGUCGUGGGUGGAAGGCUGACCAAUGUUGGUGUGGGUGGACUAACGUUGGGAGGAGGUUUAAGUCACUUCUCCGGCUUGCACGGCUGGGCCUGCGACAACGUCAAGAACUAUGAGGUUGUGCUGGCAAACACUAGUAUCAUCCAAGUCUCGGCGGACUACCACGCCGACCUGUACCGCGCGCUCCGUGGCGGGGUUAACAACUUUGGCGUCGUGACACGCUUCGACGUUGACACUUAUGCCCAAGGGCCCUUGUGGGGUGGCUUGCACAUCUGGUCGCAUACUGCGGAUAUGGCGGCUGCACUCACUAAGACUUUUACAGACUUCGCCCAUGCCGCGCCGUCGGAGCCGCAUGCCUCGCUGUUUGUCGGCCAGGGCUAUAGGGCUGGCAAUUAUGCAUACGCAGCCGGCCUCUACAAUGCAGCCGGUACCGCCUUCCCACCCAUCUUCCGCGCUUUUGAAAUAGGAGAGCCGUUUGUGAGGGCCAAGAUCGCGAGCACAGCGCGCGUAACGAUGUUAUCGGAUCUGGCUGAAGAGCUCGAUCAGUCGGAGCCGCCGGGUAUGCGGAGUAGAUUUACGACGGCGACCUUCAAGGCCGACACGGAGCUGCAGCGGCGCAUCAUCGAGAUCUAUAUGGAGGAAAUUGAAGCGACGCUAGCAGAGGGGUUGAGUGAGGAUGAGAGGUUUGCGCCGAUGAUGGGUUUCCAGCCCUUGACUGUGAAUUUCCUUCAGCAAAGUCAGAAAAGGGGCGGAAAUAUCAUGGGUUUGGAGCCGGAGGAUGCGCCUUUGAUGGUAUGCUCCUUCGGCUGGGAAUGGUCCCACUCGACGGACGACCCCGUCGUCGUCCGUGGCAUAAAAAAUGUACUGGACCAGUCCGUGACGGCAGCCAAGGCAAGGGGUCUGUACCACAGCUUCAAGUACGCCAACUAUGCUGCGUAUGACCAGCACCCCGUUGCCGGAUAUGGACAGGAAAAUGUCGCGUUCUUGAAAAGAGUGAGGAAGGUGUAUGAUCCAGAGGGCAUUUUUACGACGUUGGUUCCCGGCGGAUUUAAGAUAGAAUAG